AGUAUAUAUCUAGCUAUCAAGCGGCAUUAAUUAAUAUACGUACAGCACACACAUGGAUUUAUUUUUCUUCUUUAUUUACGGAGUAAUUACAUCAAUGAUGAUGAUCAUGACGGCAGAUAUGGCAGCUGCAACUUACACCAACGGCGGUGGCCAUACGGCGGCGGCAUACACAUGUAGGUCAUAUUGUGGGAAUUUGAGCGUGGACUACCCUUUCGGACUCCGCGCCGGAUGCGGCCACCCGGGAUACCGUGACCUCUUGUUCUGCAUCAAUGAUGUAUUGAUGCUCCACGUCACAUCCGGCUCCUACCGCGUCCUCGACAUAGACUACGCCUACCAAUCCCUCACACUGGACGAACCGCACAUGUCCACCUGCGGCGCCAUCUUCCUCGACCGCCGCGGCAACGGCUUUGUGGUCGAGCCGUGGCGGGCCGCCUACCUCCAGCCCGCUCCAGACAACGUGUUCAUGCUCCUCGGAUGCUCCGCCCGCUCGCCCCUCUUCCAAGAAGGCUUCCGGGCCGGGAAGCACCUGCCGUGCCGGAACGUGUCCGGAAUGGGGUGCGAGGACUACUACGGCUGCCCGGCCUGGAACGACGUUUUCGGUAAGCUGGAGCACGACCACGAUGGGUCGCCGCCGGUUACUCAUCCGCCGGAGUGCUGUGCAGUGGCAUUCGGGACAAUGAAGGCUAUAAACUUGAGCAAGCUGGAUUGCCAAGGAUACAGCAGCGCUUAUAGCCUAGCGCCCCUGAGAUUGGGGCGGCAGGGCGGCGGCGGCGCUGAGGGGUGGUCGUAUGGGAUAAGAGUCAAGUUCUCCACCCAAGGUGGAGGUGGUGACAUCUUUUGUAAAUCCUGUCGGUCAACGGGCGGAUCCUGUGGGUAUGAAGCUGCAGCCGGACGCGGCGGCAGUUACACCAAUGCCUGCAUAUGCGGCACCUCGAACUCUACCAGAAACUGUGAUCCCGCUGCAGCUGAUAUUCGCUCCGAUUCGAGCAGAGGAACAUGGUCGAUCAUGGGAACAGUAGCAGGCAAAACAUGUGCGGUGACCCCUUUCUCCUUCGAUCCAAGGUUGAUUUCUUCGAAUUUCAAGGUGAGCGACCCGCCAACGGCGGACGUCGGUAGUCUGGCUAGGGUGAGGGCCGAGGGGAAGAGACCUGAUCUGAAAUAUGGCAUCCAAUUGGAUCUAAUUGGGUCAAAAUGGGUUCAAUUGGGUAUAAAUGGAUCCAAUGGCUG